AUGUUGUUGUUACGUUCUGUUACAGUAAAUCUACCUGUACUGGCGUAUGGUGCCAGUAUAGGAUGGAUGUCUCCCAUGUCGCUUCUCCUGCAGUCCAAAGAUUCACCACGCGGAGUUCCUCUAACAGAUAUUGAGGUUUCCUGGAUGGCAGCUAUGCCAUAUUUAAUAUGUGUUCCUGCAAAUUCAUUAAAUGCGUACGUUGUGGACAAGUUUGGGAGGAAAACGGGUCUUUACUUCGUAUCUCUGGCUGGCGCUGCAAGUUGGAUUUUUUUACUCAUUUCCUACGAUCUGUGGGCUCUGAUCCUAGCUCGAUCACUUGUCGGCGUCAUCAUGUCAGGGUCUUACGUCAUUUGUCCAAUAUACACUAAGGAGAUCAGUGAUGAUAGCAUUAGAGGUUCCUUAGGAUGUUUUGAAGCGACUAAAGCUAUCGCUUGGUUGAGAUGCAAGCCUGAGAAGGACAGCCUAAUCCAAGAAGAACUGAACAUAAUCACCAAUGAACAGGAGAAAGAUAAAGGCGGAAAUGAAUUUUUACUAACGUCCAUUUGGUCUGACAAAACUUUAAGGAAAGCGUUCGAAAUCUCGAUGGUAACUACAUUAGCUAGAGAAGUCUGUGGUGCAAUACCAGUAAUGAACUUUGCUGGAGAGAUCUUCACUUUGGCCUCAACUGAUGGUAUCAUACUCAGUCCUAACCAGCAAGCUAUGUUGCUGGGUGCUGUUCAAGUCCUGGGCUCAAUCCUGGCUUCUAGUGUUGUGGAUAAAUCUGGAAGAAAGCCUCUCCUUUUUGUAUCGUCUUUUAUAUCGGGACUAAGUAUGUGCGUCCUGGCCUCAUGGUUCUUGAUGCGAGAUUAUGAAGUUAUAACGCCAUCAUGGAUUCCACUGUUGACCCUAUGCAUUUGCAUAUUCUGUGAUUCCUCCGGUUUGCAACCCAUAUCCAUGGUUUUGAUGGGUGAAAUAUUCAGUUUUAAGUAUCGCGGAACUGUUAUGGCAACGACGAUGUCCUGUUCUUCAUUGGCCGAUUUCUUCCAACUGUUAUUCUUCAAACCACUUGCCAAUUCCAUCGGCAUACAUGUUGCGUUCUACUUCUUUGGUUUGGUUUGCCUCUCGAUGGCUGCAUAUGUUAUUUUAGUUAUACCAGAGACGAAAGCUAGAUCUCUUGAAGACAUCUACAAAGACUUAGCCAAAAAACAAAAGUCGAAGAAAGAUGAGUCCACAGGGGUG